AUGGGAAGAUCACCAUGUUGUGAAAAGGCUCACACAAACAAAGGAGCUUGGACUAAAGAAGAAGAUCAAUGUCUUAUUGAUUACAUACGUAAUCACGGUGAAGGAUCUUGGCGUUCACUCCCCAAUUCAGCCGGGUUGUUGCGGUGUGGUAAGAGUUGUAGAUUAAGAUGGAUUAAUUAUCUUCGUCCUGAUCUUAAACGCGGAAAUUUUACUGAUGGUGAAGAUCAAAUCAUUAUCAAACUUCACAAUUUAUUCGGCAACAAGUGGUCGUUGAUUGCUGGAAAGUUACCGGGAAGAACAGAUAAUGAGAUUAAAAAUUAUUGGAACACUCAUAUAAAGAGGAAACUACUUAGUCGUGGGAUUGACCCAAAAACUCACCGUUCGAUCGUCGAACCUAACACGACACCAUUUAAUUCUCUAGCCAGAGAUGUGAAGUCUACGUGUCCUGAUCAUGUUAAACCAAAGACGUAUACGUUGUCUGAAAAUUGUGCAACUACGAGUGGUACGACCACAGACGAGGAUCUUUGGUUAAGUGUUGAUCGUGAUUUUAGUUAUGACUUUGGGGACAAGGAGCUGAACUUGGAACUUACACUUGGGUCCGGUUUGGCUAGAUGGGGGGCACGUGACGUUGUUUGUGUUUGUAACUUGGGAUCACAUGAACCUUGUAUGAAUUGCCAAAAGGCAAAAUGGGUUCUUUAGUGUUUAUAAACCUUAAUAUUAUAUAUACAAGUUUUGUCUU